ACAUCAAAGGAUACUCCUUCCCUAUGUGAAUUGUGACUUUUUUUGGCACUUUCCAACUUCCCUUUAUUUCUUGUUCUACCUACUCUAUUUCCACUUCCUACAUUUCUCUUUAAUUUUUUUUUUUUUCUGAAUUAUAAGUUCUUGAAGAUUCACCUAUUAGGAAGGGUGGAAAAAAAAUUAUAUUUUUCAUAGGUUAUGAUUAUGGGAGAAGAACAUCAAAGCCCUCUAGUUUCUCCAAAAAAUUCAAAAGAAAAUGAUGAGCAAAACAAUGAAGAAGCAAAAGAGAAAGUUGAAGAAAAAGUAUUUGCACUUGUUCCAAUUGUAGAGGAUAAAGAAAAAAUAAUCUCUGCCCCUAUUCAAGAAAAGGAAACAGAUUCAGAAAUUCAGAAAAGUACAGGGGUUUCCAAGGACAGAGAUACUGCCCUAGCAAAGGUUGAAUCAGAGAAGAGAUUGGCUUUGAUCAAGGCAUGGGAAGAUAAUGAAAAAACUAAGGCUGAAAACAAGGCACUUAAAAAGUUGUCAGCAGUUGGAGCUUGGGAGAACACAAAAAAGGCAAAUUUAGAAGCUGAAUUGAAACAAAUUCAGGAAGAACUAGAGAAGAAGAAGGCGGAAUACGCGGAGAAGAUGAAGAACAAGGUGGCUGAAAUUCACAGAGAAGCAGAAGAAAAGAGGGCAACGAUUGUAGCAAAACGAGGUGAAGAUGUUCUCAAGGUUGAGGAAACUGCUGCUAAAUUUCGUGCUACUGGCAAUUUGCCCAAAAAGUUCUUGCAGUGCUUUGGCUAUUAGAUUCUAACUUUAGUCAAAAAAUCUCCAAAACAUUAAUCAUAUGCAGACUCUACAUACAUUUCUUCUAUUGUUUCUUUGUGUUGGUUGGGUGUAGUUGCUUAAUUAAUGUUCCUUCCUUCUGUGUAUAGACUAUAAAACAAGUUCUUGUUUAUACUCUUGAUGAAACAAUCAUGUGUGCUGAACAUUAUUCAUACA